CAACGUUAUUAAAAUACUGUCCUUGCCUUCUGUUUUUCUCUGUCUCGUUAUUUCUCUUUGAAGAUGAAUAGUACACCACCGCCCACUCGCACUAUUCGAUUUGAGGUUGAAAUGAUCUACGGAUUGUUUUCCCCUCUAUAAUUUAAGCUUUCCCUUCAAAUCAGCGAGCAAAACAGAAUGCAGGAGUCGCGUAGGCGCUUGUUGAACGCAGCGACGCUCAGAAGGCACUAGGACCGGGAAGAGUUCCCUCAGUAGAGCAAGAUAUGAGCAUUGCAUCUACAUAGCGGGGCUGUGGAGGACCCCCACCUCCUCCACCCGUUGAAUCUGGCAAUACAGGAUACUUGCGAAUACAUCCAUACAUUUAUUUUCCCGUCUGCGGCGUGGCGCGGCUUAGCUGAGUGCGCACUGGCGCGUUUGGGAUGGUCGGGCACCCUCCGGAGAAUUCCUGACCGAACCUCAUUUGGCGCAAAACGAGCAGUUGGAUUUAGGGGAGAGUUCAAUAGGCUACGCGUUUCCAUUUCUCCCGUUUUGUAGACUAAAUGUAAUCUUUUUCUACUUUUUUCUACUUGAUCCUAUGUUAUUUUAUUUUUAUUACCCUGCUUUUCCAUUACCGCGCGCAUAUUCACGUCUGUGUAUGAUGGGAAAGCUUGACACUUUUUCAUUCAUCUGAGAGGAGAAAAAAAGAUCCACAUCUUUCUCUUUGGAUUAAACCUCGGCUAUCGCCUGAAUGGGUGAUCUUGUUAAAAUACAUUUCUUCGGUGGCACCCUGGCACUCCAUGGAAACGGGUUCUCUCUGGUUCUCCGGUUGCUGUGAUGUCCAAGGCUUUCCACAUUGACUGACGAACGCUAUCGGACCAUUUUGGAAAGCGAUUUGAAGGCUGUUAGAUCGAGGGGAAGAUGAGGCCUCACAGUCCUCUCCUGAUCCUGCUGUACCUCACCUUGUCCCGUAGCUUGAAAACCGUGUCCAAAAGGGGGUCAGUUGAUGGCUGUAUUGACUGGCAAGUGGACUAUCUGAAGUACCGCGUGUUGCAGGGGGAGCCAGUGAGGCUAAAGUGUGCCCUGUUCUAUGGCUACAUUCGGGCCAACUACAGCCAGGCCCAAAGUGUGGGCCUCAGCCUGAUGUGGUACCGCAGCUCAGGCCUGGGCCACGGAGACUUUGAGGAGCCCAUCGCCUUUGAUGGUGUGCACAUGAGCAAAGAGGAGGACGCCAUCUGGUUCAGACCGGCCGAUCUGCAAGAUGUGGGCCUCUACUCUUGUGUGUUACGGAACUCCACCUAUUGUAUGAAGGUGUCCAUGUCCCUCCAUGUGGCUGAAAAUGACACAGACCUAUGCUACAACUCUGAAAUGAGACUUCUGGAGAAGGCGGAGCUCAGCAAGAGCAAAGACAUCACCUGUCCUGAUAUUGAUGACUACAUUGAACCUGGAAAAGACCCUGAUAUCACCUGGUUUAAGGAAUGUCGUUUGAAGCAGUGGAGGUCCUCCAUUCUCCAGAGGAGAGACACUCUGUCUAUCCGAGAGGUCAAGGAAGAUGACAUCGGCAACUACACCUGUGAGGUCACCUUCGGUGACUUCAUCAUACGCAGGACAACCGAGCUCAGCGUCACAGCUCCUCUGACUGAUAAGCCACCAAAGAUCCUGUAUCCUCCAGAGAACAAGAUCAGCAACCUGGAGCUGCAAAUGGGAAGUGCCCUGAACCUGACGUGCAGAGCAUUCUUUGGGUACAGUGGGUCAGGGGUCAGUCCACUCAUCUACUGGAUGAAGGGAGAGAAGUUCAUUGAGGACUUGGAUGAGGAGAGAGUUGAAGAGAGUGAAAUCAAGGUUGUUCGUGAGCACCUGGGGGAGCAGGAAGUGGCCAUCUCAUUGAUGAUCCACUCGGUGGAGGAGGGGGACCUGGGAAACUACUCCUGCUAUGUUGAAAAUGGCAACGGUAGACGGCAGGCCAGCAUUCAGCUCUCCAGAAGGGCAGAGCUGAUGUACACGGUAGAGUUGGCAGGUGGACUUGGGGCCAUCCUGCUGUUGCUGCUCAGUCUGGUGUCUCUCUAUAAGUGUUACAGGAUAGAGCUCAUGCUUUUCUACCGGAGACACUUCGGCAGUGAGGACCUGGAUGGAGAUAAUAAGGACUAUGACGCAUAUCUGUCCUACACAAAAGUGGACCCAGACCAGUGGGGUCAGGAGACCAAGGAAGAGGAACGCUUUGCCCUGGAGAUCCUGCCUGAUGUCUUGGAGAAACACUACGGAUACAAGUUGUUCAUCCCUGACCGAGACCUCAUUCCCAGUGGAAGUCUGGCCAAUGAGCUUUACCAGGAUGACACAAGACUUCUCAGAGCCUACAUCGAGGACGUGGCGCGCUGCGUGGACCAAUCCAAGCGCCUCAUCAUCGUCAUGACGCCCAACUACGUGGUGCGGCGGGGGUGGAGCAUCUUCGAGCUGGAGACCCGCCUCCGGAACAUGCUGGCCACCGGGGAGAUCAAGGUGAUCCUGAUCGAGUGUGCCGAGCUGCGCGGCGUUAUGAACUACCAGGAGGUGGAGGCGCUCAAACACACCAUCAAGACCCUCACGGUCAUCAAGUGGCGCGGCCCCAAGAGCAACAAGCUCAGCUCCAAGUUCUGGAAGCAGCUUCAGUACGAGAUGCCGUUCCGCCGCUCUGAGCCCAUGCUGAGCCACGAGCCGGCGCUGGACGUCAGCGAGCAGGGCCCAUUCAGCGAGCUCCAGACCGUCUCCGCCAUCUCCAUGGCGGCCGCCACCUCCACAGCCAUGGCCACGGCACACCCGGAGCUUCGUUCGUCCUUCCACAACUCGUACCACACCAGCAUGCGGCAGAAACACUACUACCGCAGCUAUGAGUUCGACCUGCCGUCGGGGGCAACGCUGCCGCCACUGUCAUCUCUGGGCAACCAGCACACGUACUGCAACAUCCCUCUGACGCUGCUGAACGGACAGAGGCCUCCGGCGGGGAAGAGUCACGAACACAGUGUGGGGGAGGAGCAUACUAACCACGCCCUUCUGCCCCUGUUGCCCCGGGAGACCAGCAUCUCCAGUGUCAUAUGGUGACCGGGAUUAACUACACAACCCUGGCAGAGAAACGGCGCGGUUGGGUCUGGUCUGGAUUGACUUGGCUUGGAUCGCUUCGGUAGCGGUUUUGUGGCACUGUCACACUUCUGUAAACCAGCUCUCUGAUUGGCUACCGUAGCUAUAGCCAGGAGAUUAGAUUGACUUUGAUGAUUAGAAUGGUUUGGAAUGGACCCCUGUGAACAGGCAAGAUAGGGCAGGGCUGGUUUGGAACGCGGCCCUCGUGUCCGCAGAGUAAAGUUCUUCACCCAAGGAUUCAAGAUUCAUACUGACGUUAACGAAGUGUUUGAUCAAGAAACAAGAGAGUUUGAUCAACAGGAACUCAUGAAUAAAAAUAAAAAAGAACCCACACACUUUAGCACUUGUGAACGCACACACACACACACACACACACACACACACACACACACACACAUAAAGGAAAACAGGGUCUUGUAUAUAUUUCAAAAAUUUUUGUAGCAUCAUUGUCUUCCUGUUUUUUUGUUUUUUAUUCAAUCAUGUUUGUUGCCUUCUCUACUUUAAGACUUUGCUUUAACUUGUCAAAGAUUUAUAUAUUUCUAUUUUUUCUGUUUAUGUUUUUUUGCUUUCAUUUAUUUUUAUUUUAAUAUGCUUAUAAAGAAAGCCAGUAUAUCAUGUAACUGCGCUGUUGUGUUUUUUUUUUAUCUUGACUUUGUGUAGUUUAAGAAAACUUUUUAAAACUUUUUUUUGGAAUUGCCUGGACAUUGCAACAUUGUACUCUAAGAAGCAGCAUCUUCUUUAUGUUGACCUGUAUAAGGUGUAUAUCUAGUUUUAAAAACACUCUAAAAAAAUCAUAGAAUAUGCAAAAAGAAGGAGAAACUGUCAAUUGCAUUGAUGUAACUUCCUGUGGGCCAGAGGAAGGGGAGGAGUUAGUGCUAGUUCUCUCCAGUCAGUCCGAGCUCUCUCUCUAAAGUUUCAUAUUUUCUAUAAAAACAAACAGCCUUGCUGUUUUAGCGUGAUAGUAAAUUGCCUCACCUUAAAAAGAAAUCUGUAGAUUAUUUUGAAAAGAAGUAUAUUUUUAUAACAAAAAAGUUUGCUUGGGAAGUCAUACUUCUUUCUUUUUCAUCUGAUGUGAAAGGGGGCUUGUCAUGGUGGUUUUGUACACUACUAGGUUGGUCCUGUUUGUAAAGACAACAAUAUGAAUUUUGAGUCCCUCAUGAAAACAUUUUAGAUUCAAAUAGUAAAUGCAUUUUCAAUGUUUUGGUUGGCUUCUUAAAAUAUUCUUCCCACCCUGAGAACACAGUUUUUUAUCCAUAUAAAAGAAGAGUCUGUGCUUUGAAAUACUUUUUUUAAUUAUAUUUGAAGGUGUAAUUUCUG